AUGUCAGCCUCCAUGAACAGGCAUAUGCAACCGCAACAGCAGGAAGAUCACAGAGCUAAGAGGUCUCACCACUGCCCACAUUGUGAGGAGAUUUUCCCAUUUCUAUCAAAGCUAAAAAUACACCUACAAAUACACACAGGAGAGAAGCCUUAUUCCUGCACUGACUGUGGGACGCGCUUCACAAUAUCAAUGGCUCUGACAGUUCAUCAGAGAGUGCACACUGGAGAGAAGCCUUACUCCUGCUCUGACUGUGGGAAGUGUUUCUCAGGAUUGGGUCACUUAAAAAGACACCAACAUACACACACAGGAGAGAAGCCUUACUCCUGCUCUGACUGUGGGAAGAGUUUCUCUCAACAGAGCAGUUUAAACUCGCACAAACAUAUACACACAGGAAAGAAGCCUUACUACUGCUCUGACUGUGGAAAAUGCUUCACAGCAUCAUUUGAGUUAAAAGUUCAUCAGAGAACACACACAGGAGAGAAGCCUUACUACUGCUCUGACUGUGGGAUGAGUUUCUCUCAACAGAGCAGCUUAAAGUCACACCAACGUAUACACACAGGAGAGAAGCCUUACUCCUGCUCUGACUGUGGGAAGAGUUUCUCUCAUCAAAGCAGCUUAAAAUCACACCAACAUAUACAUAAAGCAGAGAAGCCUUACUCCUGCUCUGACUGUGGGAAGUACUUCACAACAUCAGCUGAGGUAAAAGUUCACCAGAGAACACACACAGGAGAGAAGCCUUACUGCUGCUCUGACUGUGGGAAGAAUUUCUCUCAACAGAGCAACUUAAAAACACACCAACUUAUACAUACAGGAGAGAAGCCUUUCUCAUGCUCUGACUGUGUGAAGUGCUUCACAACAUCAUCUGAGCUAAAAGUUCAUCAGAGAACACACACAGGAGAGAAGCCUUACUCCUGCUCUGACUGUGGGAAGAGUUUCUCUCAACAGAGCAACUUAAUAACACACCAACGUAUACAUAAAGGAAAGAAGCCUCAUCAGUUCUCUCAGGCCAGUUAAAAUUAAAGUCACUCCAUCACUUCAUUCUCAUCUCAUAAAGGAAGUGGUAAGAGUGAAUUUGAUAACAUUAAGAGAGUAACACACUAUUGUAAUCCUAUUGUUUCUCACUGUGAGAACUUUACAGAGGAAAAGGAGCGUUAUAGAAUGUUAGCCUCUCUUUACUUUAGUGAUCAGUAUUCACCUUGUCAGUUCUGGUGUGUUUUGUUAGCUUCUACUGUAAAGAUAUUGAGAUUACCUUGGAUUUGCCCUUAGGGUUGAAUAUCCUCUGUGAGGCAUCUCACAGUGGAGUUGUUGACUGAAGGAUCUCUUGUUAAAACAAUGGAGUGUGAUGUUUGACUGGGUGGUACUGCUUCCUUCUGCAGUUUUCUGUGGGAAUGAGUUAGUAGACACAACAUGUAUCAGAUAGAUGGUGUGAUGAUCAGUUUUCACCAUUAGUUUGGGUGGAUACUUUUAUUUCUACUAAAUGGCUUUUGUUUAAUGAUACACAGGUUAUAAAACAAAUACAUGUGUUUAUUAAAUUGUCUUUUAAAACUAGAUUCACUAUUUUAGUCAUUGAUGAUUAAUGUAUUUGGAUAACUGCAAUGAAUGUAAUUGAAUUACUAAUGAAAAAUAAAUGUUGUACAUGCAUUUUUGCUGGUCAACCUCUGGGUUAUCUUUACGGAA